GCCGUCGAGCCCAGAGGCUUCCCGCUAUUCUCUCAGACCGAAAUUUCCAAUAAUCCGCCCGCUCCUGCCGUACUGUUGUGGUAGCCAUUGGAGCUCCUGAAAUCGUCUUCCUCGGAGAUUAGAGGUACGCGAGACACCACUCAGGUUGAAUGUCUCAGCAGACUAGCAGCUCUUGCAUAUUCUUGAUUAGCCAUGUAAUCAAUGGAUUUUUAGGGUUUCCCCACCAGUUUAAACUUCAAACCAAUCAACUCGCUGCCGAACAAAUUUACCUAACUUUCUUUGAUUGAGUUGUUCAACAUUGGGAUGGGACCCCAAUCCAAGUCACACCAGUUUGUUCCGGUUUGAGAUGGGGUUCUUCAUCUUGUUUAUCGUUUCUUCUUUGAAAGAUUUGCUCAUCUGGAUAGUGAGUUCUAUACUAUGCGUAGUAACUGUGAUGCCAUUGUUUUGUUUUGAUUCGUUAUGUUCUUUCUUUAUUGAGUUUUUUUGGCUUCAGGAGAGUGACCAAAUUAAUUGUGUAAGAGUGUGUGAAUUAAUGGGAUGGGCAUCUGAAGUCUGAUAGUUCUACUGCCAUCAUCAUUCUAGGUCUGCUUGUUAUGGGGACUCUGCGAUUUGCUGUUUUGAGAAAUUUCUCAUAGGUUUCCAUUGCAUAACAGGAAGAACAUUCAGGAUGGCGAACUCAGAUGAUGAGCUUUACAAGGCUGAGGCCGAUAUGCUAGGUUUGUGGGAAGAGAAACGAGUUUUGGCUCAGGAGGUUAAGGCUCAAUGGGAGGAAAUGCUGAAAUUAAAAGAAGAAAGAGAUGUGCUUGAUGCUCAAAUUGAAGAGUUUAAAGAGCUGCAGUGGGAAUUUGAUGGAGAUAAAUCACCAGUUUCGACCUCUUAUGCUACUGGCCUAAUCCUUUCUCCUACUCUGAUGUCAGUAUCUACCUUACUUCCUUCCAUGGCGACCGAGAACUGCAACUCGGCUGUGGAUGUGCCGGUAAGCACACUUGUUCCCCCAUGCUCCUCCAGUAAACGAUGUUUAAUCGGCUCAGAAGCAAAACCUUGUCCUUCCAUUAACAAACUAGGAGGCGAUCUCCUAGUAGAAAUUCUAAUUCGCAGCUUUCCAAACCCGAAACUGGCCUGCCGCUGCAAACUUGUCUGCAAGCAGUGGAACUCUCUUAUAUCCGAUCCUUGCUUCAAUCGUCGUUACGUUUCUCACCACCAGAGCAUAAAUGGAGGCGAAGGUGAACCACCUCUGAUGUUCUCCUACUCCCGGGAUCAUGUUUUCAGAUUUCUCCCUGUGCCUGAUGAAGUUAGCCGCCGAUGGUAUUUCCGUUUCCUGGUUUUUGAUUCCUUCAAGGACUUGAUUCUAUGUGGGCUUGAGGAGUUAAUUGGGUCUGCAGGAUCCCUUUUUAGUGGCGAACUUGUCAGGUCUUUCUUUGUCUGUAAUCCGUUUACAGAACAAUGGGUCGCACUUCCUCUAGCGCCAGAAAAGCCAAUUGGUUCUACUAAAUCGGUCACUAGGUUAGUCUGUGAACCCCGUAGUAGUAGUUCUUGCAAUCUUGAUCUAGGAAAUGGGAAAACAUUUCUCUAUUCUGAUUAUCGUUUCCGGGUGGUGUGUUUGUAUCAACACAUGACGUCUAUAAAACUAGACGUGUUUUGUUCAGAGUCAGGAAAAUGGACCAAGGAGGCUCUUGUUCUUGAUGAUCAUCAACUGGUGCACAAGAAUGUUAUUUCCUGCAAUGGGGAGCUGUUUUGGUGUUGUAGAUGCUCUAAUACUGGCAGGGUGGUAUUAUUUGGUCUUAACCCUUUCCACCUUGAUGUCCCACCCGCUCGUUUCCGUAUUUCUGAACGCUUAUUAGGGUGGCAGUGGAAUAUUUCUGUCUCCCAAGGUACUUGUUACUUAGUUGUACUUAAAGGUGUGGCUUUUCCUGCCGUCUUGCAUGUUUUGAGACUGAAAGAUGACCGUAGAACUUGGAUGAAGCAACAUGAAUGGUGGUUGUUGAAGACGACGUCGACAUCAAGGUGUAACUAUGAAGUUAAGAACUGUACUGUACUUGGUUUGCAUCCAGGGAAGCCAGAAAUGGUCUUCUUACUACAUCGCGGACUUAAUGGUCCGAAUAUAUUGUUCUUCAAUUUGAGGAGCCGGGAGCUGGGGUUCUUCGAUAACCCUCAACCUACUUGGAUGGUGUUCCAGCCUAAGAUCUAUUGCUGGCCCACUCCAAUUCCAGGGUAUGAGAAACUGCGAGGUAUGUACGAUGGAAGCUACAACUGUUGGGUUCAACAUAGCAGCAAAGCUACGACCUGCUCUCUCCCUCAACACGACUGGUAAGUACUCAAACUUGUCAGAAUUUUCAGGUUUCUAGGAAUUCAGUAAUGAGAACAAUUCAGUUAGAAAGAAAGUUUUCUCCUAGAAAUGAAGCAUCCUUGCUGCAACCACAUUAUGUCCCUUAACAGGAUGGGAGAGCAGUCAUGUUAAGCAGCACACAUACACAUGAGAACUUUGUUGUGUUUGCAAACCCAACUGCGCCCAAGCUUGUAAUCUGAACUGUAGCAAAGUGAUGCUCAGGGGCUGCUGUUUCCUCUCUUUUUUCUUUCAGUUGUCUAGUUUCUAACCUCAACUCGUCUCAUUUAUGAUGUGGACUGCUGGACCGACAGAAGAAUGUCAACCAGUUGUUGAGGGUGUUGAUCACUCUGGUCACCAGAAGAAGGAUGACAACUGAUCAGCAAUUUCACACCCUAGGCAGCAUCAAAGCGAUUUGCAGCUGCUAAAUGCUGUUGGUGUACUCGAUGAUAACAGAGGACCCCUGUUUCAACCAAGUUAAUCUGCUGAUGGGAGGUGCGGGUUCAGAAUUGGUUUGUUGCUGUUGAUGGCUACUACUCAAGAAGGAUUUUUCCUACCAUCGGACUGCCACACAUCUUCUAAAAGAUGUAUUACCUCUUUCUAUAGUUGGUUUCUUUUCUUGUAUGAGUGGCAUAUUUCAGUAUGGUCGCAGAAUGAGAAUUGCGG